AUGAAGGGGGCAGGCCAGGGGACGGGGGCGGGGCCCCCGCCAGCCCCGACCCCGAUCCCAGCCCCGUCCCCCGGCUGGAAAAGGGAUGAGUCGUUCCCACGGCCGCCUCUGCUCGAGGCCCGUUGGCCCCGAAGGGCGUCGCCUCCCCACGGAGCCAGCACUCGCCUUCCACUGACAGCCCCAGACUGGUGGCAGCGCAUGCGCGGCCCCGGGGCCAGCGCCCCCUCCCCAGCCGCCGGCGCCCAGGCCGAGCGGGUCCGCGCCCGUCCGGGGACGACAGGGUGGCGCGCGCCAGGGCGGCAGCCGAGCGAGGGGCCGUGCCAGGAGCCGCAAGGGCCGCGCGGGGGGCGGCCCGGCCAGAGAGGACGACGAAAAUCGGUGGGAGAGGAGCUCCAAGAGGAGAUUCUACACGCGCCGGGCUCCAGGGCCCUGGGAAUCAUCAGCCGAGCAGUGCCCGGAGAUGUUCGAGGCUCUCCUCACGUCAUCUUCCGCUCAGCGCUAGCUACGACGACGGAGUGGGCUCGGCGGUGGGUGGGGCCUGCGACGGAGGCGGGGUCUGCGAACACCCCGCCCUCUACCCCUUGCGCUGCCUCCAGGAAGGCAUCCUUGCAGCCUAGGAAAAGGAGAACGGUGGGGUGCACCCUUCUCGACAUCCGGGUUGCAAGUUUGAGGGACCAUACCCCAAGAUCACGUGCGAUAUAUCCCAGGGAUGCAAGGAUUCUCAGUAUAUGCAAAUCAAUCAAUGUGAUGCACCGUAUCAACAAACUGAAAGAUAAAAACCACAUGAUCAUCUCAGUAGGUGCAGAAAAAGCUUUUGGCAAAAUGCAACAUCCAUUUAUGACAAAGUCUUUUCUGGAAAAUGAGUCUGUGAGAUUAAUUUUCAAAGUUAUGUAUUUUUCUUUAAAUGAAAUAAAUACUGACACAUUUGUACAUACACAGAACUUUAUUAAAUUUUUUGUGAGAAAAAGAACACUCUAAAGUGCCAAAUUUCAUGUAAGUUAGAGAACUUAGCGAAUACGGUGAAAAAAAAAUCAAAAGGGGAAACAUAAUUUAAAUAAUCUCACAAAAGAGCAAGAACACAUCUUCAUAUAAGAUAAUCACCAUCAAACUAUAAACUUAAGAAAGGAAAUCUUUUUUAUUUCUUUUAUAGAAGAAUAUAUUUCAAAGUCUCACCUGUUGAUGAUUUCAUUCAAAAAAAUUUCUAUUCUAAACAUAUGAGUAGUCUCACUCUUACCGACGUCUUACCAACAUGAAUGUUUUAAUCCAUGGUAGAUGGGGGAUUUAGAUUACUCAUUCACAGUGAGAUAGAAUGACAGCAUUUUUUUGUAGUACAGCAAUACUGCUCACUGGCACAAACAGUGGAAGAUGAAGGAACUAGACUUCUGGAUUCACCCGUUAGGAGCAGAAUCACUCUAUUGCCAAAAAUUCAGACAAAAAUACAUCUGAAGCAUCGCUACUCCCAAGUGACAUAAAUAUUAAUCAAACGUUGCCAAUUUGAAGGAAACUGGGAAAAUGUGAAAAUAUGCUGAAUAUUAGCUUUGUGUUACUUUCUUCUAAAGAUAUUUAAUGGGCAUAUUCUAAAUUAUUUAGGGCUAGAGUAUCAAAAAUUAGCAUGUGUAACAUGAAUCUAACAACACAGCAUCAACAUGUCUUGAGAGCUGUAGCCACAGUGGCUAUAAACAUUUGAAAGAAGUCAGUUGAAAAGUAACUAUAUGCAUACCCAAAAUGAAUAUUUCUAAAAGAAAUCUUCAUGUACCAGACAGCUACAAACUGAAAAGCGUUACACAGCUAGUGGGGGCACAAUAAUUAUUUCAUGGUUGGCUAACUGACCAAUACAGUCUUCCUUCAGUAUCCAGAGGAUUGGUUCCAGGAACCAACCCCCCCACCCACC